UAAUUUUUAUCAAUUAAUUGUUGCAUAUUUCCUGCAUUAUUAUAUAUAUAUAUAUAUAUAUUUUCUAUAUAAUUGUAAAAAUAUAUGUAGACACAGGCAUAUAUAUACGCAUGUAUACAUGUAUGUUAAUUCUAAACUAUAUUUCCUAUUAUAUACACUGUGGUAAAGUAUUCAUAUAAAGACGAACAACUUUUCCUCAAUUUAUAAUAAAAUUUUAAAACAUUAACAUUAAAAACUUGCACUGCUUUUGUGUGAAUUAUUGUGUGGGAGAAUUUAUAAAUAAAGUAUUUAUCAUCUUAUGUAAGAUCAUGCAAUUACUUAUAUGUACAAUGUUAUAUAUUAAUUUCUGAGUCAAAUAAAUAAGACAUUUUGAAUAUAUUUUGCAAUCUCUUUAUGCAAAACAUAGGACAAUACAUUAAGCAACCAAGAUUUUGAAAAUUCUAUCUAAAAACGCUUCUCGUUUUUAUAGUUCAUUAUAUUAUUAUUAUUAUAUUUUAUUAUAUUACACGUGCAUUAUACUAAUACAAAAAAAUUGUUUAGCGCGUGAGAAUUCAUUAGAUUUAUCUCGCGUAUUUUAAAGUCGAUCAUCAGCUGAUCUAGAUCGGAAAUCAGAUUAGGUUACGUUAAGGUUAGGGUAUAUAGGGAGGGAGGAACAAGACGGUUGUUUAUGGUUUAUGUCACCUGUUGAUUCAACGCGGCCGCGCGCGAAUGCGAUGAUUAUCUCGGGUGACACCAUAUGCUGCACCAUACUCGGCAAAUAUUUAUUUUUCAAUACUUUUUCCGAUAGAGUGAUAGACAGCAGACUAAUCGUUGCGACUGCAAACUUGUAAUAAAAAGUUAUCACAAGUUUUUAAAUGUAAACACACUUUUCGACAUAUAUACGUAUAGAAUGUCAAUCUAUAGUAAUAUUAGCGAUGAUUCUAUGAUGACUUCAUUCUAUUUUUAUUGUCGACAUGAAAUGCAUGCUACAGCCCCAUCGGAAUAAAUCAACUUUGCGAACAAUAUGGAGAAUAAAAGAGUAAGUCUUAAACAGGUUUAACAUGUACACGCAAUGUAUAUUUGCGUAAGAAGAAAUCUUAACGAGAUAAUUGAGUUUAAUGAAGAUCAAACAUAAUGAUACUAAAGGCACAAGUGUAAUAAUAGUUUCCACUUGAUACUAGACCACCUGGCACGACUCGCAUUAGUUCUGACAACCGGACGAUUUUAUCGAAUUUUUUAUUGUAAUGAUAACGAAAAAUGCGUUUCCGAAAGCAGAAAUCGAUAUUUCUGGUCGGCUGGGGAUUUGGUUUUAUCCUUCCGCUAUUACUUGUUUCAUUGAAAAGUAUAUUCGUGACCGAUUUAAUCGUUGAUCAAGAUCCACCGUGGCAACCUGAGUACUACCUAAAUAAAAAAUCUCGCCACGAGGAGAUUGUUUUGCAACUUUGGAAAGAUGGAGUGAACGAGACGUCUGACUUCAAAAGCAUUACAUAUCGUACCUGGUUGACAGCGCAAAACUUGCAAUUAUACAAAAUAGAUCUGGACGAGUAUUUGUACGGUCCGCAAGAAGGAAAUGAGAGCAUGGAAUGGAAUUGGCUGAAAAAGCAAGUGUCUGUCACGUGUGUGGUUUUUGUGGAAAAGCUUAAGCUUGGAAAAUCGAUCAAAGCCACGUGGGGCAAACGCUGCAAUAAUAUAUAUUUCUUUGGACACCGUUUAAAAGAUUCGGAAGUGCCUGUUAUCAAUGUAGACAUAAAAAUUGUAUCUUCUUGGCAGCUGUUAUGUGAAGCUAUGAAUUACAUUAGGAACAAUAGAGUAGACAAACUAGAAUGGAUUAUAUUUGUAAAAGACGAUACUGUUGUCAUAACAGAAAAUCUGCGCUACAUGGUCGCCCCAUUAGACCACAGGCAAGACUAUUAUUUGGGUCAUCCGGUGGUUCUGUGGGGUCAGACUUACAACGUUGCUCAAUCUGGCUAUGUUCUUAGUAAAGGAGCACUGGAGAAAAUAGUGCAAAUGUUCAAUACUACGGAAAAAUGUAUGAGAGGUGGAAGGUAUUGGAAAAAGGAAGAUUAUUAUCUGGGAAAGCACCUGUCGUCUUUAGGUAUACAUCCGUCCGAUACCAGAGAUCAGUACUUAAGAGGCACUUUCCAUGGUUAUUCCUUACAAAAUCUUCUGUGGGGCGUCGUGAAGCCGGACAGCUAUUUCACACAUGCCAUAUACCCGAUAGAAGGAGAAUGCUGCUCGCCGAUAUCUGUAACUUUUAGCGUCAGUGAGCCAGAUAAAAUGCACAUGCUUAAUUAUCUGUUGUAUCAAUUGCGUGUAUUGAAUGGUGAAAGCCGAUUUGGUAAUGUUUCGGCUGAGGUUCCAGUACGCGAAGAGAAUGUUUGGAAGAUGGCACUGCAAGAAGAAUUCAAUCUCACACAUUUAAGUAAUAUAUCCAGUGAUGCUUACUUCGAAAUAUGGCAUUCGAGAUACGCCGGACCAGGGCAAUUAAAAAUUGCUAAAAAUUAUCGGAUUACAUCAGAUGCGCUAAAUUGUUUACUGAUGAAUUUCAAAGCGCGAAAUAGAUCUGUGCUUAAUUGUAAGACUAAAAAUGUCACUGACAGUACAAGAAACUGAAUGUGCUGUUUAUUUGAAGGCUAAUUCUAACAGUUUAUACUCUAAUUGUUAAAAGAAAUUAUACAAAGAUAAAAAAAUAGAAUUUUAUAUUUGUAAUAUUCUUUUCUUUAUAUGAUUAUUUAAACAUUAAAAAGAUAUAACGUUGGCAAAUAAAUAUAUUAAAUAUAAUUUAUAUAAUCUAUAAUUUAAUUUACUACGUGUGUGGCAAAAAAAAGAGUAGGCGUCGAUAUUAAAAUCAUAUUUAAUGAUGUGACCACUAUGUACAUAAUUAAUCUGUUCUGAGUAAUUCACUAAUUAAAAAUAGUUGAUAAAA